AUGGCAGCCUCGUUUCCGCCCCCGCCCGUGGACACAAUUGACUGGAACAAUGUGGGCUUCAAAGUUCGAGAAGUCAAUGGCCAUGUCGAGUCCCACUACAGCGUCAAGUCUGGCAAAUGGACUGAGCCCGAGUUCAUCCAGGACCCUUUCCUCCGCAUCCACGGCAUGGCGCCGGGUCUCAACUACGGCCAGCAAUGCUACGAAGGCAUGAAAGCGUUUCGCUCUCCCACCAACGAAAUCAACAUCUUCCGAGCCGUCCAAAACGCAGAGCGCAUGCAACACUCGGCCUCCUACAUAUCCAUCCCAGGUGUCCCGAGCGAUCACUUUCUAAAAAGCAUCCAUCUGGCUGUUGGGUUGAACGCGGCUUUCGUGCCGCCGCAUGAGACCGGCGCUGCCAUGUAUAUUCGGCCUCUGCUAUUCGGAUCAAGCGCUCAGCUAGGGCUGAACCCGCCUGAGGAGUAUACUUUCUGCGUGUAUGUCCUGCCUACUGGCGUAUACCACGGCACAAAACCCGUCGAUGCGCUCAUCCUAGAGUCAUUCGACCGUGCCGCUCCUGAAGGAACUGGGUCAGCCAAAGUUGGAGGCAACUAUGCUCCAGUUCUGAAGUGGAGCGAGAAGGCGCAUCAUGACGGCUACGGAAUCACACUCCAUUUAGACAGCAAGACUAGGAGUGAGAUCGAUGAGUUCUCCACGUCUGGAUUCAUCGGUGUGAAGAAAGACGGUGAAUCUUACACACUGGUCGUACCGGACAGUAAGAACGUCAUCAAGAGUGUCACAGCAGACAGCAUCUGCGAGAUUGCGAAGUCUCUCGGCUGGAAGGUUGAAGCUCGGUCGAUUCCAUACGCCGAACUGCCCUCCUUUUCUGAGGUUUUGGCUGCCGGUACCGCUGCUGCUCUUGUGCCAAUCAAGUCCAUCACUAUGGAGUCGAAGGGAGACAAGUUCGUGUAUCGCGACGGGUCUGACGAACUAGGCCCUGUCUGCGUCAAGCUGCUUACUACCCUCAAGGGCAUCCAACAAGGCAAGAUCGACGAUACCUUCGGCUGGUUGGGUAAGGUCAAUGAACCUAAGGGAUACUCAAAUGGCUCUGCCACCAAUGGAGACGCCUUGGAUGGACCCAACACAGUCGGCAGGCUGCCGUAA